CACAUAAACCUGCGCAAGACAGCAGAGCUGGCAGAGUAGCAGGCGAGAAAGGGACACACACUUUCAGAGCCCCCUCUGUGCCGAGACUAUAAACGGAUAUCCAUCUGUCGGAUAAAACAAAAUCGCAAGUAACGCGGCUGCUGCCGCCGUGUGCUUUUCGUGGUUAAUUUCGUAAUCGUCGGACUUCGUUCCUCCGGAAAGUAGGCACGGAGACUUUCGGUCUGCAGCUUGCAUCCGUGUGCGUUUCUCUGGGCUCACUGCGCGCAGCAUUUUGCGAAGCCAAAGCAAGGACAGUUGGAAGCGUCCCGUCGGAAGCACGCCGAGCCCGCUGCUCGUCUUCUUCGCCAUUCUGUUAGAGCAGUCCUACCAAGGCACUAGUGAAUUUGAAGGGCGCCGCAAGCUUGGGAGUUCAUUUUUCCACUUUUCGACAUUUAGCACUACAUUUCAUUUAUUCGAGCCAGUAAAUAGAACCAGUGACUAAUCCAAUCGCUUAUUUUCCGGAGUUGAAUCUUCCACUUGAUCGAUUUGAUUUUUUUACGCGCCGCCAAGGAAUACUGAACAUUUUAAAAAAAAGUGUUACAAAGUGACCGAAGAUGGGUAUAUGUGGUUAUUUUGUGGUAUCCUGGAAAUGGCUAGUAGUGAUCACCCUAAGACUGCUGUUCCUUUUACCUGCAGGAGUGCCAGCUCGGAGCGGAGAAUCUUUUUCAAAACCCAUGGACAACAUCACCGUCAGACAAGGGGAGAGUGCCGUCUUAAAAUGCUCCGUGGACAACAAGGUGUCACGGGUGGCCUGGCUCAAUCGCACCACCAUUUUGUUCGCGGGACGUGAUAAGUGGUCAUUAGACCCGCGCGUCAUCCUCCUCAACAAUACGGGCGCGACGGAAUACAGCAUCAAAAUCCAGAACGUGAACGUGUACGACGAGGGCCCCUACAUCUGCUCCGUCCUGACCAACAAGAAGCCCAAGUCCUCCAGAGUGCACAUCAUCGUACAAGUUCCGGCCAGGAUUGUAAACAUAUCCACCAACAUCACCGUGAAUGAGGGCAGCAAUGUUACACUAAUGUGUUUGGCUAUCGGAAGACCCGAGCCAACCAUCAUAUGGAGACACCGAUCAAAAAGCGGGCAUAAAUUUAUGAGCGAAGGAGAAUACAUUGAGAUCACAGCAAUCACCAAAGACCAGUCUGGAGUGUAUGAAUGCAGUGCCAACAAUGACAUCUCCACCCCUGAUGUACGGACCUUGCAAGUCACCGUCAAUUAUCCCCCCUACAUCUCGACUGCCAGGAGCACCGGCACGCCGCUCGGGCAGAGGGGCAUGCUGCAGUGUGAGGCCUCGGCAGUUCCCGUGGCUAAUUUCGAGUGGUACAAAGAAGACCGCAGGCUCUUCAAUGGACUUAAUGGGGUUAAAAUCGAAAACAAGGGUAGACAAUCCAUGCUUAUCUUUUUCAACGUUUCUGAAGAGGACUACGGGAACUACACCUGCGUGGCUAUGAACACCAUGGGAAUCACAAACGCGAGCAUAAUUUUGUAUGGCCCAGGGGCUGUGCAUGAUGUGAACAGGGCAUCCCUAUCUCUACAGAACUCGCUCUGCCUUCUCUUGACUGUGAUUUCGUGGUUCCUUUUCAAGUUUUGAUGCAACAGUGGUAACCCUUCAGUCACCUCCUGAAUUGCAGUACAACAGACUUUAAUCCCAUAUGAAUAAAUGAAAAUCACCAACACAGAUGGCUCACGUUUUUUUAGAAUUGAAUUGGCAGUGUUUUUUUUUUUUUUUUUCCUUCU